AUGAGUUUUCUCUUCAGCUCGAUUAAGAACCUCACCGUCGGCGGAACGGGGGCCACCCCUACGACCACUCCAACCGCGGCCACCACCGGCAGCCCGAUCGUCAGCUGCUACCAAGAAUCGGAAGAAAUGCGGUUCAAUGCUUUGUCACCACCCCCGCCUCCUCCUCCGCCCCCGUCCGCCUCCAGCUCCGACUACAACAUCAGCAAGAAGAUGGGCGUCCCAGACACGCAGUCCGACUUCAACCAGUGGCUGCAUGCGAUGAAAAUGGUGGCUCGCCUGCCCGGUGGCAUGCCUGCCGAGUUCCGGCGUAAGCUGUGGAUGGCCCUAGCCGAUCGGUACCUAAAGACGCGAUCCAUCAAUUGGGAGGAGGAAUCGGCUAAAUGCCUCGGCGAGCAGUCGGACGAGGACGACGAGGAGCUGGGCAUACAGAUCGUGAAGGAUCUCCACCGGACCGGGUCGAGUCUCUGUUCCGGUCCAUCCGGCACCAUCAACCAGGGCAAGCUGAAGUGUGUGCUGCUUGGGUACUCGCGCUUCAACCCCGAGGUAGGCUACUGCCAGGGAUUCAACAUGCUCGGUGCGCUCAUCCUGCAGGUGAUGGACAAGAGCGAAUCGGACUCCAUCAAGGUGAUGAUCCUGCUGAUCGAGGGUCUACUGCCAGCGGGCUACUUUUGCGGUUCGCUCGGUGGGUUGCAAGCCGACAUGGCGGUGUUUCGUGAUCUGCUUGGAACACGCCUUCCGAAGUUGGCUCGUCAUCUGCAGAAGCUUCAAGGGCCGGAGGGAGCGUUCGAGCCGCCACUCACGAAUGUGUUCACCAUGCAGUGGUUUCUGACGCUGUUCUGCACCUGUCUGCCAAUACCGCUGGUGUUGCGCGUGUGGGAUCUCAUCCUGAUCGAAGGCAGUGAUGUGCUGCUUCGCACGGCUCUCGCCAUCUGGGGCAUCCUUGAGAGUAAAAUCCUAGCCACCAAAACGGCGGAUGACUUCUACUGUAAAAUGGGAGCCCUUUCCUCGGAGCUCGUCAACGGCAGCCUGGUGGACUCGAACGCGCUGAUACAACGGGUGGUGGACAUCGGACCAAUUGCGGACUUGCAGAAGUUGCGAGAGAAGCACCUUAACAGUAUUACCCAGCUGAAGGACACUUCCAACCUGAAGAUUUUCUACUCCGACGACGAGGGUGAAUCGGACGAAGAUUCACGGCUCGCCGUCACAGCGACGGCCUGGGGGUUGAGAUCCGGCCGGCGAGCAUCGUUGGGUAUUCCUCCAAAUUUCGCGCGAGCCGAAGGCAAAGAGAAGAUGAACUUGGACAUCUCGCUGUUGAAGAAGCAGUACGAUAAACUGCGCGAGCGACAACGACAGGCACAUAUCAUCCUUACGGCGGCCGUCGCCCGUCAGCCAGCGAACCCAGCGCCCAACAGUGGUGCCCUGCAGGUGAACCAACUGCUGGUCGGCAAGAACGCGUUGCUCAGUGCCAAAGGAAAGCGUCUUGGCCCACCGCAAGGUGCCGUGCCUCCGGUGCGCUCGGCGAAGUCCUCGAAACAAUCGAGCAAACAGUCGGGCGCCCCGAAGUCACCCAAACCCGUGGAAACGCUGCACUGGAAGGACAUGGACGAAACGAAGCAGCGACGGAACAGCCUCAAGUGGAAGGACCUUCCGAAAGAGCCGGUCAAGAAGUCACAGCCGCAGCAACCACAACGUGACGAACCCGCGAAGGUCGACUCGCCGAAGCUUAAGAAGUCUGCCAGCGCAUCGUCCGCCAUCAGUAAUGUGUCUGAAACCGGUAGCAGCGGAGGCGAUGGAUCCUCUGGAACCAGGGCGGGAGCACUGAAACGUCGGAGUGAGUCUUCGUCCUACAGCGAAGAAUCGGACGCGGAAUCCAGCACGAGCACGUCACUGUGCGACGAUGACAAUCAACCUCUGAGUGCGUCCUCGCUAGAAGCCUCACCAAUGAAGCGAAGGAUAACACCGGAGUCCCUCAACCGGGAUGUGCCUGCCGAGGAGAAGCUGGUUGUGAUCGUACCGAGCGAUAGCGAACUGACCGACAUCAAGGAGGAACCGUUAUCAUUCGGCGAUGAUGAGGACGUCGAUCGUAGUCUAACGGCAGAGGUGGAUAUUCUGACAGUGAAUGAUCCGAUAAGUCCUUCCAUGUCCGACACAACGGCGCCACCACAAAAACCUAUACCUAGCCUGCAGUUGCAUCCUGAGCUGGAGGACAACUCGCUGUCGGUUGCCAUCACCAGCACGAGUCAACUGUCGCCUAUUCCCGACAUCAGCAAGUACGUCAGCAUGUCUACGAUCAGUCCGCUCAAGACGCCCUCGUCACUGAUGGACUAUUCGGACUAUCUGGCGAACAUACCGACUGAUAGCACAGUCACCGUCACCGAGGCCAGUUCCGCGCCUGUCGUCGAAGUGGCGCAUGUUGAUGAAGCGGACUCGUUCAAAGUCAGCGAUGAGGGUGUCACGAAUGAGUUCUUCGAGCGCAUCAACGCUGCCGAACGACCCAGCAAGCUCGAUCUGCACGUGAUCAAGGAGCGUAGGGUGAGUGACUCGCUCGUCACGACUACCGAAAGUGUUCUGGAUCGGAGUGACGCUACCUCGAAGCUGGACAACUACAGCUUCACCAACGUCUCCAACCGAUCGUCGAUGUCGUCGUCGUUCGUGCUGGAGCUACCGAUAAAGACGAGUCUGCAGCAUGACAGUCCGUUGUUACCACCCAACGUGGAUCUGGCGUCAGUUGCGCCGGACUCGAGCAAGCAACCUAAGUACAAGAUAGCAGAAGCGCCCGGAACACCAACGCCACAGGAAGAAACUAACGAAAGUCCCGAGGAUAUCGAGCGGUACCUAACGCAGCGGGUGAAGUUCCUGAAGGAAAAAUCCUUCUCCAUGGAUGACCCAAUCAAGGGUGAAGAUCAAGCCCCGGAGGACAUUUCAAAACGAUCAGCCUCCGAAGGGUUGGUAACGGUCGACACGAGUGCACUGAAGAGUGACAAAAUGCUGGAGAUCAUUAAGGAAAAUUCGCUCAUCCUCGGCAGGAUAGUUCGGAAGUCGCGCGAUCAGGACGAGCAACGAACGGAUCAACUGAUUAAGCUAGACGAAACGGAGAUGCUCAUCAAAACGAUCGAGCAACUCCCAAGCUUGCAUCUGGACGAGGAAGGCUCACUCGAUCUACAGAUCACGCACAGUGUCGACGAAAUGCUAAGUGUGGACAAGACGGAGAUGGAAAAACCGCUAGAUUCCCCGUACCGACUGAAGUUCGAGAGUGACCCAGCGCUAUCCGAAGAACCGAACGCGAGUGAUGAAAUCAAAUCCAAAACGGACCUGCUUAUCAAGCGUACGGAGGAGCAACUGGCACGGUUUGCCCCUCCGGAACCUACGUACUACGUACGAAAGGACAACUUCCGCGAGAUUAUAACACCGGAAGAGGAGAAAACGUCUGAGCCGGUCCGAGAACGCCCGGUGAAAACUCCACCUCCAGUUUCCGUGGCUCCGGAGCCCCCUAGCGUCAAGGAACCGGAAAUUGCCGAAGUGCAACCCCUAAACCUAAGCUUUAACGCCAUCGACACGAGGGCGGUAUCAUCCAAAACGGAGGAAUUGAUCAAGAAAACGGAAGAACAGCUGGCACGGUUUCACACACACGACAAAAAAAUGAUCGACAAGCUCGAGAAGCGGCUUUCGCUGAUCGACAUGAAGCUCGACGAAACCCUAGGGCCACCCCCGUUAGCAGUCGCGUCGAGCAAAACGGAAGAAAUUCUGAAGAAAUCGGAAGAACAGAUCUCACGCCUGCUGGCACGCAAAUCUCCGACGCGCUUCAAACACACCGACGACCACAACGACCUGAAACCGCUCAGCCUUAAAACAGAGGAGCUCAUCAAGAAGACCGACGAACAGCUAGCGCGCUUUAAGGCGACAGCCGAAAGUACGGCGGAAAAGCGCAAAAGCCGACACGAAAUCGACGAACUGCUCAAGCCGGAAUGUGGUACCGAAAAGUUGCUCAGCCGUUCCUGCGAGUCGAUUCGCAGCGAGUCAUUCUCCACCAAGGAUCCCGAGGAGGCCGUCAUCAUACGUCACGUGAAGGAAGAGAUCCUGCGCACGAUCCGAAUACCGGACGACGUGCGAAGCUCUAAGACGGAUGAGAUAAUCAAGAGCAUCGAGGAUGGCAAGAUCAAGCUCGGGGAUGAUUACAUCACAACGAUCAAGACGAUCGACUACCUGAAGCGCUCGAAUGCGAACAUGCUGGCAACGCUCUCCUCGAUCGAAAGUUCGAUCAAAGCAAUCGAUGGCUACUGUGACUAUGAGUCCGACAUUCAGUCCGAUCGCAUCAACGACACGAUCGACAAUUUGGAGAAAUCGCUCAAACAAUUCGAGCCCCAACCAUCACCGACUGGUCUGGGAAAUGGUGCAUCCGAGCCACCGCUUGUGAUGGUGCACGACUACUCCACCACCCACGAUAGUCGCUGCCGACCGACGUCCUGCAACCGACCGAGUCGACCACGAAAGCGCAAGGAGUACUCACCUCGCCGGUACAAGAACAAGGAACGUGACGGUGACAAGAGUGCUGGCACGCGAUCACGCAAGGAUCACAGCAGCGACUACUCCUCCGACAACCAAUCGCUCGAACGCGAGUCACCUAAAACGUACACGUACGCUUCGUACUACAGCCAAUCACCUCCCAUGACGCCGAGACACGUGUCACCUUCACGCAAGCUGCCCGAACCGCACGUGCGACCCACUUCGCUCAAGAGCACCUCACACGAUCGGUACACGUUACACCUGCAGCGAGACAACGGCUCACAGGUCAAGUUCGACAAGUCACCGUCAUCUCCCGUCAUCACGAAGGCAUAUCUGGAAUCGUUGAAACCGGCCACUCCAAUCGCAUCUGGACGCACGACCCGAUCCGCCGAGAAUUCACCACCCUACCAUCCAACACAUCCGGUGCCAGCCCUGUCACCCACAACCUCGGCCACUAUCGGAAGGUACACGGGCACGUUGCGAGGUUCCAGCUUCCACGACGCAGAACACUCGCACAUCAAGAGCUGCGAGAACAUCCUGAUGCGUUUUGACUACGAGAAAAUUUCAGCCAUCGCAGCCAGCUUCCCGAUCAGCAGCGCGCUCUCGCCAUCGCCCACGAAGUACAGCAGCCUUGACUUCCAGCAGGACGCCGCACUAAACGUGAGCCUUAGCGCACCUCCGAACAAGAAGUCGCUGCACUAA